AUGCCAGCAAACGGCCCCGACGAGUUUGAUAUCGCCAAGACAUUGGCAGACAUUGCAAAGGGGGAGACCACGGCGUCAGCCCUAGAGAACCAUCUCAACGCUCUGGAGGGCAAAGUUGACGAGCUACUCGCAUUCUUCGAGGGUCAAUCAUCUGCUCAGGGGGGUGUUCAAACUCGGAAUAAAGAACAGAGCACAGAGCGGGGAGUCAACCUCAAACCGGAGGAGCGGAAACCUUGA